GAUUCAAUCUUGUCUUUCAAUGGUCACAUUAGUAAAUGAAUUAACGAUCAUGAUGUCACUGUUUAAUUGUUCUGAUGUCAAUUCCUACUUGCCAGACUUUGUGCGUGUGAACUCUUCUCUGUGUAUCAAUUCAACUAAAUUGCCCGAGACUGCCAUCUCCGAGAGAGUGGCUGAGAGUGUGAUAGCUGGAGCCAUUGUGGGGGUGGUGUAUUCCUAAUUCUCUUGGUUGGACUGUUUCUCUUUGUUCUGGUUGUUAUUUAUCGGAGAAGAUCUCAAACUCUCAAAGCUUCCAGGGAGCGUACCGGUGUCCAAAGGAUAUACAGCAAAGAACCUCGUAGUCCUCGUCACGAUGCUGAAAUGGAUUUGUUUUUCACUGGUACUGAGGAUAUCCGACUGAAUGAUGCUGACAAAUCAUCUUAUGAGAAGAUCUUCUCUUCCAUUCUUGUGCCAUACACUGCCCUAACAGUCGGAGAGGAGAUUGGACAAGGUGCCUUUGGCAAGGUUUUUCGAGGGGAAAUAAGGAGAUUAGACUCUUCAAAAUUUGAAGACAUAGCCAUCAAGACAAUCAAAAACUUGAGUUCGAAAGAUGAAUUGGAGUCAUUCUUUGCCGAGAGCUUGCUAAUGAAAGAUUUCAGUCACCCCAACAUUCUUGGAUUAGCUGGAGUGUGUUUUGAUACUCUUGAUGGAGUACCCUACAUCCUCCUCCCAUUUAUGGCCAACGGAAGUUUGAAGGACUUUCUGAAGAAGAAGAGAACUCACGUUACCAAUGUAGAUACUCUACCUGAGGACAUGAAUGAUUCUACCCUGGUACGCAUGUGUAUGGACAUAGCCAAUGGUAUGGAGUAUCUUGCUGAGAAGAAGUUUGUGCAUAGAGAUCUAGCAGCAAGGAAUUGCAUGGUGGAAACAAAGCUUGUGGUGAAGGUUGGUGACUUUGGCCUAGCCAGGGACAUCUACAGUAGUGACUACUACAGAGCCAAUAAAGGAGCCAAGAUCCCAGUCAAGUGGAUGGCUCCAGAAACACUCCAUGAUGCCAUUAGCAACGAGAAAACUGAUGUGUGGUCAUUUGGUGUGACUUGUUGGGAGGUGUUCUCUUUGGGACGAUGCCCGUAUCCCGGGAUACAGAACCAGGACAUUCUCAAACACAUCUCCACUGACAACAAGAGAUUGGAUAAACCCUCACUAUGUCCCAAAAUGCUAUACGAACUUUUGAUGACUCGAUGUUGGAGUUUGCUAUCUGAGGAGAGACCACCAUUCAGUCAGCUGGUGGAACAGCUGCAAGAGUACUGGGAGGAGAAUCACGCUUACAUUAUUGAAAACACUGAUACACCGAGUAACAAUUAACUGAAUCAUACACAAUGUGCAUGUUGUGAAUUUCUUUCUAAAGAAUUUUGUGUAUACACUCUCUACCAAUAAUAUUAUUACAUUUCUCAAUGAUGCUUUCAUGAUCAUCUUUUUUUGAUGCAA